AUGGCAGACCCGCAGAAGCAGUUUCAGGCUCUCUCUGAUGAGUAUCAGAAGCUACAAACCGAUCUCGAAGGUUUCAUCGAUGCUCGCCAGAAGCUCGAGUCGCAGCAGCAGGAGAACAAGGGCGUGCAGGGGGAAUUCGACAAAUUAGAUGAGGACUCGAAAAUCUACAAGAUCGUUGGGCCCGUCUUAUUGAAGCAAGACAAGAACGAGGCCGUCAUGGCUGUAAACGGACGACUCGAGUUUAUUGAGAAGGAAAUCAAGAGAAUCGAGGGACAGAUCAAGGAGGCUCAAGAAAAGGCCGAGAAGAAACGGGCGGAGGUGAGAAACAACCCUCGGAAAGCUAUCAUAGUCGUGUUCUGA